AUGUUUUGCACACAAACGAACCCUAUUUUUUUCCUUGCGCUCGUGUUUCUUCUCGCAGGAAAUCUCGGUUCUCACAUCUUUGCAGACGCUAUAGAAUGCAACCGGGUCUGGGAAUUACCAUCGAGUGCUAAUCAAAAUCAAAAUAAGUGUGGUACAAUAGAUUCUGACAACAUCAAGCACACUUAUCUGUGUAAGGUGUGCAAAAGGGGGGAUGGGAAAUCACCUUCUGCUAGCGGCUGUAUUGGCCCCCAUCCAUUGACUACAAAUGGAUCAUUGGAUUGCGACGCGGGGACGGACACGAAUGCGGAUAGCUCUCCAGGUAGACCUUACUUUUGCUUCAAAGGGAACCCAGCAGCCCGGGACGUCUACCGUUGCACUGCCCGGCAUCUUAACCAGCAAUGUGACCAAUGUACACCUCAAAAUUAA